AUGAAUUUUGAAAACAGAUGGGUCUUAAGAUCUGCUCUGAACUUCGCAAGUGAUGGAGAAGUAGUCAGAAAAAAAACGAUUGAAGCCAACAAAGAGACAUGGACAACAGUUGUCAGAAAGAGUGUGGACAAAGAGUUGAAAGUUGUGCAAGAAAAAGUCAAAAGUGUCGAAGAGAAAGUGGAACUAAAUGCAGAAGAAGGAAAACGAAAAGAACGCAAAAGAAAUAACAUCGUCAUCCAUAAAUUGGCAGAAAACAACGCGUCAGAAGCAAAAGAGAAAAAUACGGCUGACAGAAAAUCUGUUAUGUUUCUUUUUAAUGAAGUGUUAAAGAAGGAUAUCGAUGACGCACGAUAUGACAAAAACAGAAAGAGACCAAUGCCGAGAGCUAGUGAAGGAGUCAAAAAUUAG